GAAGAAACAAGGAUGCAUACUUUUGGGUACAGAGCCAAUGCCGUGGUCACCUUCGCCGUCUCAAUUCUGGCCCUCAUCUGCUGCAUGGCCUCCCUCUCCGACAAUUUCAACUCCCAAUCUCCCACUGCCCAAGUCAAGGUGUUGGACAUCUUUUGGUUUCAGCGGCAACCCAAUGGGGACGACGAGCUCGGCUUGUCACUAAAUAUAACAGCAGACUUGCAGUCAUUGUUUACAUGGAACACAAAGCAGGUUUUUGUUUUUGUAGCUGUUGAGUAUGAAACCCCAAAGAACUCAGUGAAUCAGAUCUCUCUCUGGGAUGGUAUCAUACUUUCCAAGGAGGAUUCCAAAUUUUCUAUUCAGACUAGAAACAAGUAUCGAUUUGUUGAUGAGGGAAGCAAUCUCCGAGGUAAAGAGUACAACUUCACUAUGCACUGGCAUGUCAUGCCCAAGACAGGCAAAAUAUUUGUGGACAAGAUAGUCAUGUCAGGAUACUGCUUGCCACGAGAUUAUCUACGAUGAGGGUGUGUAAUGUGUAUCUUAUUGUUAAUGUAGCUUCAGCCUCUUUAACAAGGGGAUAUAUAAAAGGUCAUUUUAAAAUUAUAGACUUAGAAACAGGGAAGAGUUUACCAAACAAGAAGAAUAGAGGGAGUUUUUCUUGUACUUUUGGAUUCACUGAACAUGUUGCUAAUUAUCAGAGAUAUUGUCUCUAAGCUUCCUAGCUAGCUGUAUCUUGCCCCUGUUGAAACUUGGUUCCUUUUAUUUCAUCAUCUUUUAUAACAUGGUUCCUUUUGCUCUC